AUGCCUCCCGAAUCUGGCUUCCAUCGCCUCAGACGAGCAAAGUCGGCUCCAUCCGUACAGAAACGUCGUCAGGCCGCUAUUGUCUCGAGGCCACUAGAGUCUGAGGUUGAUCGCCAUCAUGCUACCACCGCUGCAUCGCUUGCGAUGGCACAGGCAAAAGAUAGAACGCAUGCACCACAAAAGACGACGGCAUUUUCAAGUGGAAAUCCCGAGACAAUGCCGUCUGCUCGAGCUCUUUACCGCCACCCUUCGCUUAGUAGUCUUACUAGGGAUGCCAUAUCUACGGGCCCCGGCUAUAGUAUCGCAUCCAAUGUUUACAUAUCCUCUCACCAAGCUGGCGACAAGACAAAUGAUUCUUCACCACUCAGAGUUCCUUCAAUACCCGACCUCCAAGGGUUUGGAGUUGACGGCGACCUUUCUGCUCCAUCUUCAUUUCGCCGGCUCCGUAAAUCCCGAUCUAUGCUCACUACAAAAUCAAUGAGAAACCUUCGUGCCGCAGAGGCUCAAGCCAGUCAUUCCGAAGAGACAGAGUCCCCUUCGCUUCGAAGAAGUACCGAUUCUACAUCUGGGCCACAUAGGUCACUCCGUCAUUCUCUAUCGUUUUUCAAUGGCUCAAUCAGAAGAAUGAAGAGCCAAGGUGUUCUUUCCACUCGCAGACAACAUCUUUCAAAGAUUGAGAAUGAGCCUCCUGUUCCUCCCUUAACUAGUAGUACUAGAGAUCAGCCUGCACGCAAACCGAUGAGAACUACUGUACGAACCAUGAGAGAAUACAGUCCAGAUGAUGACACUUUCCCCACCAGCAAUGGUGGUAAACAUCAUUCAAAGGCCCGGUCCUUCUCUAUCAGCAUCAAAAAGCGAUUGAAACGAGUUUUUGGUAUCCCGAGCUACGACGAGAGUCAAUCAUUGUCAUAUGAUUCCAACCUUGUUUUUGAAAGUCCCGCACUUACUGAGGAUGCUCUACGCCCAAGCCUACACUCCACAAGAAGCUCUGAAAGUCUAGCCACCUCGGCGUCUCGUGUCACAAGCUGGACUAAUUCUACAGCAGGAAAUACAGUGAGAACAAGAUAUACCAUGGGCCAUCAAUCUCUUUCCACCAUCGAGGAGGGCUAUGACUUUGCCGACAAACUGUCGUCGGAUGAUACAGAGACAUAUGAGUCUGAUAAUGUAGGUAACCGAUACAAUGUGAUCGAUUCUCAGCGAGUUUACUCGGCUCUAAUGAGGCAUAUUGGCGAAACCGCGGUCAGAGAUGGAGAGAGGGCCGUAUCAACUGGCGCGAUCAAAGGAUCUCCUGUGAUCGUGGAACGUUCACCUUCCGUCCGUACUUUGAAAAACCACAGCAGCAUUCACAAAGUGCCAAGCGACCUUUCGAUGAAAACAGCUCGAACCACAUUUACGGUGGAACGUCGACCGCAGAGCUCACAGAGCCAAUCAAUUUUACGUUCUCCGGAUUAUACGGCAGAUAGUCCUGUCACCCCGAUUUGGGCAGAUCAGGUUCCUCAACCUUCACCGAGAAGCUCUAGCCGAGUGAAUGUUAGAGAUUCGAAACCAGCAUUCUCUCCAUCAGGAUCAUCUCCAAGGCUGAAGACCCCAAGUCCUUACAAAGCUUCGAUGAGUUCAAUUCGCGAGAUAACUGACGACUCGGACAUGUACACUCCGAGAAUUAACAUCGUAGGCUCCGAUAACGACAUGUCUGCCGAUCUGGAUUCACCAAGCAUCUACUCACGUACACCAAGUGGCCGUGCAGCAAGCCGCGAUGCUUUGGAUGAUGGAUUUGAGGAACCUUUUGAGCCUGGCAUGGCCACCAUAUAUGAUGUUCAGGUGCCGUACAAAUCACCUAGAAGACAAGAUUCGUCCGCCAUCGAACCUGGGCCAAGAAACAGUGCGGAAUGGAAGGAGUGGGUAAACUAUCAGAUGAACAACCUUGACAUAUUUGAGGCGCCUAAACCGGUAAGCCAACGAGAGCAUCACCGCGAAGAUGCUGAGUACGACGGGAGGGCUUUACCUCAGGAGUCUGCAUGGGAUAUCAUUUCAAGCUAUGCUGCUCCUGAUAAAAAGAAGUCUUUCAAUCGGUUUCAGCAAAGUUCUACAUAUCAACAAGAUUUGCCUGGAACUGAUUUCAAAGCCCUUGAACAGAAUAAUUUCUCCAGGCCAAUCAGCCGCCAGUCAAUGGGUUCACUUCAUGAGACAACCCAUGAAGCCGAACCAAAUCACUUGGGUAUUCAACGAAACCACCCCGCUGACCCAUUCUCCAGUGAAAAGCCCUAUUCACUCGACAACGCUCCAUCUCGUCGACAGGCUAUUAGGGCAGCGCGCGAGGCGAGACUGAACCGCGGUAUGCCGAGACGAAACAGGCUGAACUUGACUGAGGAUCAGCCAGGUGCAAAGGCUGUCCAAUUCCGCUCAAUUCGUGAAGUACCUAGCAUUUGCAAACGAAACAAGGAAAAUGAGAUGUCUCCAAGCGUGAGGGAUAGACAUAAGGGGACUGGACUCUCCAAGCUGGAAGACCUACCCCAGAUGAGAGGCGGUAGUAAGCGUAUGGUAGAUGAUUUUAUACUCGGUAGCCAGCUCAGUCGUCGGAGUCCGGACUCCGUUACCAGUGGGAAUGCGUUUGUCUAG